CAGAUGUUAGCAUGGAGCUGGCAGUGAAAAAAGAGUACAAAAGCGUGAGUGAGGCAGAUAAACGAGUCUUAAAACAAAAGCGUUUGGUUCUUGCAAACCUGGCAUCAUCACCGGCUCCUCCAGUAAGAUGGUAUUCAAAUCCCAAAUCAGCGAACGCCAUUGGACAACAUGUAAAAGGGAAACAACUUAGACAAAACAAUAACGGCCCUGACAAUGAAGACAACAAUCGUCGAAAACAAGCUUCUUUCGAUGGUGAACUUACAGCUUCCGAAGUGGUUGAGCAGUUGGAAAAGUGGAUGAUACGCAAAACCCAACGUUUGAGGAAAGCGCCACAAUCUUUUGGUAAAAAUUACAAAAAAACCAGUCAUAGUCGGUGGAAAUUUUGCGUACACGCGGAUAAGCGAGAGAUGUUACAAGAUCUCAUACAUUCACUACAGCUAAUACCUACUAAAAUGCACAUGCUCUGGGAGCUGGCGUCCUGUAUCUGCUCUGCCGUCAACGCUGAUGGAUUUCGAUUAUAUUUGAAGGAUGAAUCGGAUGUCAAAUCAUUACAUCUUUGUCUGAGCAAUAGUUUCUUUGACGAAAAUGGAGAUCCGAAACUACUUAGAAUUAAAUCGGAUGCAGCAAUACCGAAUUAUGUUGCAAAAACUAGAGAAUCUAUUCGUUUCUCUAAGGGAAACAAUGACUACCGAUUUGCAAAAGAUGUGCUAGACAAGGGUGAAAUGGCACAUGUGAUGUGUCAACCAAUUGUUUAUCCAGACGGAUCCUUGAUGGCUGUUUUAGAACUAUGGCGCGGUGACUGUGGUUUUUCUUUUUAUGAAGAGGAUGAAGAAAUCGGCUACAGCUAUUUAGUUUGGGGUGGCAUUGCGAUCCAUUAUGCACAUCUUAAUUUAGUCGGACUUAAACAAAGAAAGCUCAAUGAUUUUUUAUUGGCAGUUGUUAAGUCCAUAUUUCAAGAUAUGGUUAGCAUGGAUUUGCUAGUAUCAAAAGUUAUGAACUUUGCACAGCGGCUGGUCGAUGCAGAUCGUGCUUCAUUGUUUCUAGUGGAUUCCAGAAGCAAAGAGUUAUAUGCUACGAUUUUUGAUGUAGGGCGUGAAGAUACAACUAUAAAGAAUGAAAAUGAGAACGACCAAAACAAGCCACCAACUGAAAUAAGAUUUCCUUUAGAAACUGGCAUAGCUGGACAAGUUGCCAUGACCGGUGAAAUAUUAAAUAUAAUGGACGCAUAUGCAGACCCGAGGUUUAAUCGAACGAUUGACCAAUUGACGGGGUAUAAAACUAAAUCAAUACUAUGCAUGCCAAUAUUCAUCCGAGGUAACGUAAUCGGAGUUGUUCAAAUGGUAAAUAAACACACGGGAUACUUCAACAAGGAGGACGAAGAAGCUUUUGAAAUGUUUGCAGUGUAUUGUGGUCUAGCACUGCAUCAUGCAAAACUAUACGAUAAAAUUCGCAGAUCUGAGCAGAAGUAUCGUGUAGCUCUUGAAGUAUUGAGUUACCAUAAUACGUGUACCGAACAAGAAGUAGAAAAGUGUCUGGAAGUAGGCAUUCCUCAGAAAAUAUCAGGCAUCGAUAGUUACGAUUUUAGUCCAUUUGUAGUAGAUGAAUUCCAGAAGGUCAUAUAUAGUGUGUAUAUGUUCAAGGAUCUAUUUGGCCUAGGCAGGUUUGACAAGAAUAGCCUUAUACGAUUUACAUUGACGGUGAAGAAAAACUACAGACGAGUUCCAUAUCACAAUUGGACACAUGGAUUUUCAGUGGCCAACACAAUGUACAGUAUUAUAAAGAAUUGUCCGAGUGUGUUCCGAGCUAAUGAGUGUCUGGCUUUAUACAUUGGAUCUCUUUGUCAUGAUUUGGACCAUCGAGGCAAAAACAAUAAGUUUAUGUUGGAUACGGAAUCACCUCUGGCGGCCAUAUAUACUACUUCGACUAUGGAACACCAUCAUUUUAAUCAAACG